GUUGUAGUUUUGCGCAGCUGUUUUUUUCAGACUGUUUUGCUUGCAGCAAGCGGAGUCCCAGCUAAGUUAAUUUCUCGUAUUGAUGUCCACAGCGGUGCUUUUGGCCGCUGUUUUGGGCGGCGGAGUAAUUCUCUUCGCUUGCCGGUACUUCUCUAGAAGUUCCACUCAAAUCAUACGUUAUUCUGCCGGGAUGAUGCGAGGCAAGACUGUUAUCGUGACUGGAGCCAACAGCGGGAUCGGCAAGGCCACAGUAGCCGAGCUACUGAAGCUGCAGGCCCGUGUGAUCAUGGCGUGUCGAGACCAGCAGAGGGCCGAGGAAGCAGCCAGGGAACUGCGUCAGGAGGCUGGGUCAGAUCAGGGGGAAGUAGUUAUCAAACUGCUGGAUUUAGCGUCCUUAAAAUCUGUUAACAGUUUCUGUGAGGAAGUUAUCAAGGAAGAACCCAGGUUAGAUGUUCUCAUAAACAAUGCUGGAGUCUACCAAUGUCCAUAUACAAAAACAGAAGAUGGAUUUGAGAUGCAGUUAGGUGUUAACCAUUUGGGACAUUUCCUUCUGACCCAUCUUCUCCUUGAUCUCUUAAAGAAGUCUGCCCCCAGCAGAAUUGUGGUGGUGUCUUCCAAGCUUUACAAAUACGGGGAGAUCAACUUUGAUGACCUAAACAGCGAGCAGAGUUAUAACAAAAGCUUUGCCUACAGCAGGAGUAAGCUUGCCAAUUUGUUAUUCACUCAUGAACUGGCGAAACGCUUGGAAGAAACCGGAGUAACAGUAAAUGCUCUGACUCCGGGAAUAGUUAGAACAAACCUGGGUAGGCAUAUUAAUAUUCCUUUGCUUGCCAAGCCUCUAUUCAAUUUAGCAUCUUGGGCAUUCUUUAAAACCCCACUAGAAGGUGCUGAGUCCUCCAUUUAUUUGGCCUGUUCUCCAGACGCAGAGGGGGUCUCUGGUAAGUGUUUUGCAAACUGCAAAGAGGAGGAGUUAUUGCCAAAAGCAGUAGAUGAUUCAGUUGCAAGGAAACUGUGGGACAUAAGUGAAGUUAUGGUGGGACUGACAAAAUAAGAAUUACAAAGUUCCAUAAUUGUGUGUUGCUGGCAAAAAAUAAUACAGAUCCAUCCAAGUGCUGUUAUAUUUCAGUGAAUGAGGUAAAUAAUGAUUGCUUUGUGCAUUACAUAAUGUAGUUAGGAUUUUUUGAAGUGUAAAAAAUAAUACUGUGCUAAAUUUGAGUUAAACCAAAUGAAGCAUUAACUAAUUGUGUUUUGUUUUUUUUUUUCAAAAGGAAUUUUAAUUAUUUGAAUGCCUUGAAUUGAAAGCUAACCUAAUUGGA